CGUGUCGCCCGCCUACGCCAAGAUGGGCGAGAUGAUGCUCGCCCUGUUCCGCCACCACCAGUGGAGCCGCGCCGCGCUGCUUUACAGCGACGACAAGCUGGAGCGCAACUGCUUCUUCACCCUGGAGGGCGUCCACGAGGUCUUCCAGGAGGAGGGUCUGCACACGUCCGCCUACAGCUUCGACGAGACCAAGGACUUGGACCUGGAGGACAUCGUGCGCUACAUCCAGGCCAGUGAGCGAGUGGUGAUCAUGUGUGCGAGCAGCGACACCAUCCGGGGCAUCAUGCUGGCGGCGCACAGACACGGGAUGACCAGCGGGGACUACGCCUUCUUCAACAUCGAGCUCUUCAACAGCUCCUCCUACGGAGAUGGCUCGUGGAAGAGAGGAGACAAACAUGACUUUGAAGCGAAGCAGGCGUACUCAUCCCUCCAAACAGUCACGCUGCUGAGGACAGUGAAACCCGAGUUUGAGAAGUUUUCCAUGGAGGUGAAGAGUUCUGUGGAGAAACAAGGGCUCCAUGAGGAGGAUUACGUGAACAUGUUUGUGGAAGGGUUCCAUGACGCCAUUCUGCUCUACGUCCUGGCUUUGCACGAGGUGCUCAGAGCUGGUUACAGCAAGAAGGACGGAGGGAAAAUUAUCCAGCAGACGUGGAACAGGACCUUUGAAGGUAUUGCCGGGCAGGUGUCCAUAGACACCAACGGGGACCGGUACGGGGACUUCUCGGUGAUCGCCAUGACCGACGCAGAGGCGGGCACACAGGAGGUGAUUGGUGAUUACUUUGGAAAAGAAGGUCGCUUUGAAAUGCGGCCCAACGUCAAGUAUCCCUGGGGGCCCUUGAAGCUGAGGAUCGAUGAGACCAGGAUUGUGGAGCACACCAGCAGCUCCCCCUGCAAGUCGUGUGGCCUAGAAGAAUCAGCGGUCACAGGAAUUGUGGUGGGGGCCUUACUAGGAGCUGGUUUGCUAAUGGCUUUCUACUUUUUCAGGAAGAAAUACAGAAUAACCAUUGAGAGACGAAACCGGCGAGAAGAAAGAAACCUCGGGAAACAUCGGGAGCUCCGGGAAGACUCCAUCAGAUCCCAUCUUUCGGUGGCUUAAAAGGAAGCCUUUGCUUUCGGCCCGAGAUUCUUUGGGGAGAUUGAUGGGAUGAAAGACAUGACUGGAACAGAGGCGUGCUCUUGAAGAACUCAUUCUUUUAAGCAUUUAGUCAUUUCGUUGUAAAAUUUCUUUAGAAGCUCAGGAACUACUAUUAGUCAUCAGAUGCCUCUCGGCCUUUCAUCUCGUGACAAGAAAAUAUCAGAAUAUAAUGUCACUCUGUUAAACGUGCACACUGUUUCCAGGGCCUGUGUUGGAUUUAUGGUUUGAGAAUCUGAUGUCUCCCUAUCUUGCUGGCUUUUGGGGGCAUUUCACACAAGGCUAUAAAAUGGGGUUUUCUCAAAUGAAAUGUUUUAUAGCUAGAAUAAAAUCAUUUUUACAAGUAGAAUAUUCUUAGAAAGAAUUUAACACCCAAGAAGAGGAAAAUGUAAUGAAAUAUCUCAAGGUGGGAAAUACACUCGUGCCUCUCUCUAGUGCUGGCUGGCCAGGUUGAGGACGGCUCUGUCCAAUGUAUGCAUUCAGGUCCUGACUUCCUCUCUUGACAAAGGAUUCCCUCCUGGCCCCCUCAGUGUCUCAUAAAAGCUGCUCUGGACAGUUGUAACUAUCAUCGAGACAAGAGGGUUUAUACAAGAAAAGCAAAUCUAAAAUGUUUCAUUUUUUAAAAUGUAAAAAACAAAGCCCUAUUUCCCACUAACAUUUUAUUUUUAAGUAUUUUGAUCUUAUAUUUUGCUAUUAGAAAAUGUGUCUAUUUUUUCAUUUUUAAGAUUAAAUUUCACUUAUAUUUGAAAAACAUGGGUAUAACGGUGAUGAAAGAUGCUUCUCUCUCCCAACGCCCCCCCCCCCCCUUGUCCUCUUCCCCUGGGCCAGACCCAACUGCAAACUGCUGCUUUAAUUCCAGAGACCUAGAAAUGUCUUCCGAUUACAGACCCUGCAGGAGCACAUUAAUUUACCUGCUUUAAAUGAACGUUGUUUUAGGGAUAGAUCCCUUCCAAUUCUGGCCAAAUGAUGAGUUUCAGGAUCAAGGGUGAAAUGUACUAGAAUUAAGUAGGAUGUUAUAAGGGGAGGCAGCCCUUUUUCCUCAAGAAGAACUUUAUAAGAGAGUUAGAGCUUGAGAGUAAACACAGAAAUGAUAAAUACAUGGCAUUUUACCAAAACUUACAGUGAUGAUUUGGGUUAAAAGAGAGAAUCUGCGUAGCGACUAUAUUCCCUGUCAGUUAAUUCCGCAGAGUUCUGUAGUCAGCCACCAGUGUCCUGUGUAACCAUGGUUGUGGGUGUGGGUAUAAGGACUUUGGACAAAGUUGAAUAAGCCUUUACUGAAUCUCCAGGCUGUACCCAGUACUCUGCACACAGGUUGACAUUCAGGCUGUCACUGUAUGAUUCGUGGAGAAAAUGGACGGUGAGGACAGAAUGGGACAUUGCUGGACUAGCUAGCAUGUAAUUAGGUCACUCGGUCCUUGAUAACAUUUGAGCAUCUGGAAAAUAGUUUUAAACAUCAUCUUACUGUCUGUAACAGACCAUGUGUAGGGAGGUCAAUAGUGGAGUUUGAACAAUUCCUGGGAGGUCAUAGCUCGUACAGGUGAGGGCGGAGGCCGAUGAGUGGAAGCCGUGUGUCUUGGAAGUUGGUCCCACCUUGCUUCCUGGAGGAGCUGGCCCCUGUCACUCCUACUCCAGUCAGUCACAGGGAAUGGAUUACUUCUGGGUGAGGCACAUGUUCCCUUUAUGGCUUAAAAAUGUUUUGCAGCCAGCUGGAGAACAUGAUCAAAGAAUUAAGGAUGAUCAACUGGAACAAUGAUGUUGUAGUUCUCCAUGUUGGAUGCAAAGGAAAAAGUACUAAAUUUUAAAAAAGGAUGGAAAGAGAAAGCAAGAAAGGCAAGCUCCAGAAAUCCUAUCAUAGGAAGAGAGCCUGGGAAGUAAAACCCAGAGAAGUAAAGUGAUGAGCAGCUCAGGGCUCCUCAAAGCGAAGGCUUGAUUCCAUUUGGUUUUUAUGAAUUGAGAACUUAUUUCUCUCUAGUUUGUUUCAGUGAUGUUUGUUAUGACUUUUAGAGAUACUCAUUUUCUUUUAUCAUGUGUUUGUAAAGAGACAUUUCAAUUUUGAGCCUAUGUGCUUAUUUCAGGGGGAAAACACUCUACCUGGUUGCAGUUGUUGGGUAUAAACAUUUCUAGCCUUCCUAUAAUCGACACAGGGUUCCAUUAACUCACAUUUUUAAAGCAAAUAUAUUUUAUUUCUACUUUAGGUAGAGGAAUAGUUCUGAAGUUAAUAUUAUUAUGUCCCCAGAUAAAAUUGUAAAAAUGAGAAUUUUAGUCUUUUAAAAAUGGCAGAACAAAUUAUGAGGUUUCACAGAUGUGGAUGCCAUUCUCUUCCAAUCGUAAAGCAAUCAUAGGGCUCUUAAGAUUGAUUGCUUAUGUCUGCUGUCUAUACUUUCUGCCUUGAACUCAUCAUAUGACUUACCAAAACUCUCUUAUGUUUUGGAAGACUCCAUUCAGUUGGAAACAUUUGCAAAAAGUGUGGGUGUUUGGCCCAAGGUUACCCUGGGUUCAGACCUGUGGAGAUUGUAGUUUCAGAGUACGUUCCUAACUGCUAAGCAAAGUCUUUGACAACUAGUCAUUUAUCCUCCGCCAGGAGCCACAUGUCACACAGUCAAAUAAAUGGGGCUUUAGUUCUUAAACCAUUCUAUACAGUUUUCCCUUGAAGGCCAGGGAGUUCGGGUUUAAAAAGAGGUCAGUACCAGCUGGCCAAGCCAGCCGACAUCGACGCCGGUCAAGGUAUAUGCUUUUCACAUCUACUCAUGGUGUUGGAAGUAAGUGUAGCCUUUAUGUUCAUCAUUGUCACCUUCUCAGAUUGUUUUCCUGGACUCAGAAAUAAAAGCUUUCUCCAGAGGCUCACUUCCAUCCCGAAAACACUCUCUGUAUAGAGGGUGCGUCCUCCCCCCACCCUGACCGCAGGUUCUGCGAGGAAUCCCCUGUAAACAUUAUAUUUCUUGGAAGCACCAUUAGCGUGUCCUUUCCUGAACCACAGACACGGCUCCACUGGCUUUAAAACAGUUCUCUACGUUUCAGAGGCAACAUUUCACGGAGGGAGGGGAGACGUGUAUGGAAAUAAAUUCCUGAAAUUCUAAGACUUGAUGGCCAGACACUGCUCCCUUAUUCACAGGCUUCUAGGGUCACAAACUCCUUCAAGGCCCCUGUGCCCUCUUUGCCCCCAAUUUCCCACUUUCCUUCUGUCUGGCGCUGGGUUUCGGAGGGUGAGACUGGCUGUUGGCAGUGAGACGAAGGCCAUUGUGCAGGCCUCACAGAGUGACAGGAAUUCAGAAGGGAAGUCCCGUGGCGCCCCCUUCUUGGGGGUACGCAGUGGCUGUUGGUGGAAGUCUCUGUAGGGAACCACAUAGAAUAUCAGGCCGUGUCUUAAGGGAGUGUUUUUUUUAAAGGAAAGGCACGCGUUUCUAUGUUUCUCGGGACACAAAGAACUUAGAUGCUGACUGGAUGCAGGCAGAAAGCCCAAUGCCCACCGAGAGCAGGCCCUUGAUCGGCGUUCGGCGUUCGGGGGCUUGUUUGGUUAUGCGCUGUGGCCCAGUGCUUCCUGAGGGAGCUGAUCAUGGGCCGACCUUCUUCAGUGGGAAAGCGAAAUUCUCUAAGACCAGGGCCUGUGUCUGAGGGUCAGGGUGGCAGCGGAGAGGAGGAGGUGGUGUUUCUUGGGGUUGUCUUUGGAAGUGCGGAGUAGCCAAUAAUUUAGUCCUCUUCAACGGCCAGGCUCUGCCAGAAGCACAGGCCACACCCAGAAAGGAUCAGGAGCUCCGUUCUCUGAAAGGAA